AUGUCUGGUUUAAUCUUCACCAUACCUAGGAAAUGGCAAAAGGAAGGCAGAGUAAGGGGGGUUGCGCUUUCACAAGAAAGGUUCCAGUUCAUCUUCCAAAAUGAGCAUGACUUUCUCGAUGUUCUUGAGAAAGGAGUUCAGACUUACAACGAAUGGGCUAUGGUGCUGGAGCGCUGGGUUGAGAACCCACCGGAGGACUAUCUACAGUAUAUACCGCUGUGGGUAAGGAUUAGAAAGAUUCCGGUUAACUAUUACACACAGUCGGCUCUGAUGACGCUUGGAGAAAUGAUUGGAGAGGUCAAAGUGCUGGCUUUUGAUCCGACUAAGCCAGUCACUCAAGAUUUCAUCAGAGUCCAGGUUCGUUUCAAUGUUGCGAAGCCUCUAAAAAUGGUAAGGGUGCUGGAUAUGAAGCAAGGCAGAACCCACACGAUCCAUUUUGAUUAUGAGAAACUACAAAAGCGGUGCUUCUUCUGCAAGAGAUUGAAUCAUGAACAGAGCGUUUGUCCUAUCUUGGUUCGGAAGAGACAAACAGAGGCUCAAACUAGAAGGGAUAACAUAAUGGCUGACUUAGCCAGAGAGUACAGAAUGCUAGCGCAUAAUGACCCUCUGUUUGGAGUGCUGGAAGAAGAUCAAGUGGGAACGGACCCUCUGACGGGUAGACCAAAGAUUGCUAAGGAGGUGCUAGAAGAAAUGCGGUGGUUUCUCGUGUCGGACACUAGUGAAGAUAUAACGAUCAAGAUUGAUAAAGUGAAGAUGACAGUCAAAAAAGCAGAGAGCAAUCUAAUUUCGCAGAAGACUAUCCUAAGAUUAGAGUCUGUUGCAAUAAUCACUCAUGUGCUUGAUAAAGGGAAAUGUCCAGUUUUCUACUAUGGAAACAAGGAGGUGGAUCGAGCUAGCUGGGAUCUUCGAUGA